AUGGAGACCGUCCCGCUAGCAAGGCCACGAGGCCGUGGUAGAGGGGGACCAGGAGGAGGUAGCCAGGUGGCGCCCUCGGCGCUGCCCUACAACGGCACUACGCAGGCUUCGUUCGCGCAGGCCAUCUCGCAGAGAGUGGCGCCCUCUGCGGCCGCGCAGCUGCGGGCUAACGCCGCCGCCGCUGCUGCUGCUGCCGCCGCUGCCGCCGCUGUCACCAACACCACAGUCACCAGCGCGAACGUGGUCGCCGCCGCAGCGGCCAUCAACCACGGCGGGGGAACCGCCAACGGAAACGGGGCCCGCAGCGUGGCCCCCACCGAGGGAUCGCUGCCCACGACGUCGCCCUCACCUACGAGCACGACGGUGCGCGGACACGCCAACGGGAUCAGCAGGGACAAGGCGCAGAGUGACGAGCUCAGGCUUCAGUCUGCUGAGCCCGAUGAUUGA